ACUGGUGCAGGUCAUGGAAUUGGGAGAGAAUUAGCAAUUGGCUAUGCGUCCUUGGGAGCAACAGUAGUAUGUUGGGAUAUCAAUGAAGAAACCAACGUGCAGACAAUGAAUAAAAUCAAAGAAAUGGGGAAAAGUUUAGUACAUGCUUAUCGAUGCGAUGUAUCAGACAAAAAUGAAGUCUUCAAAGUGGCAGCAAAGGUGAAAAAGGAAGUUGGAGAUGUUUCUAUUUUAAUCAACAAUGCCGGUAUUGCACCUCUUCGAACAUUAUUAAAUUACGACAUCAAUGAAAUUUCUCGUGUCGUGGAUGUUAAUCUUAUGGCGCACUAUUGGACGAUGAAAACAUUCCUACCAAAUAUGAUCGAAAGAAAUCACGGUCACAUUGUGGCAAUUUCAUCAGUGGGAGCGUUAUAUGGCAUCCCGCAUGGAACGAUUUACUCCGCUACAAAAAUUGCAAUCCGAGCACUUAUGGAGUCUGUCAGCGAGGAAUUGCGCAUGUAUAGUAAAGGAAAAUCUUCUGUAAAAUUUACCACUAUUGUGCCAGGUAUCGUUACUACCGGUUUGGCCAAAAACGCAAGGCCAAGAUUUCCGUGGCUUGUUGGCACAUAUUCAGCGCAGCAUAUAGCUUCUUUAAUAAUUGAUGCACAGAGGCGAGAUUUUAAAGAAAAAAGUUUUCCUUCGUACUCUCUUCUCAUAUUCGCGAUUUUAAGUAGGGGACAGAGGUCGUAUGGGGAAGAAGUCUUCAAGUCCAAGGAAUAUGGUAGAUGAGCAGACAAGCCCAAUUCGUGCAAAUUUGUCAUUGCGACGUUUGAUGUGUGGG